UUUCGAAAUCGAUAGUUUGUCACCAUGAUAUGAUUCAUAAGACAUAACAUAGUAUUAUAUUUCUAUUCUUUAUACUCUUUGACAUCUACAAGUAUUUCUUGUACGUACUAUAAAGAGUUGUGUAUAUAUUGAAUAAUUAAAUAUAAUAAUAAUACUUUUUAAUAAAAUCAGAAGGAAUUGAAUUUUACUUAUAAACAUGGCAAAGAAUUCGUUGUCAGAGCAAUUCUCCUUGAGGUGGAACAAUUUUUCUAAUAAUUUAACAUCUGGGUUUUUAAAUCAUCUUACUGAAAACGAUCUAGUUGAUGUUACACUUGCAGUAGAGGGUCAACUAUUACAAGCACACAAAUUAGUUCUAUCAGUAUGUAGUCCAUACUUCAAAAAUAUAUUUAAGGAAAAUCCUUGUCAACAUCCAGUAAUUAUUCUUAAGGACAUAAAAUAUACUGAAAUUGAGUCAUUAUUGAAAUUUAUGUAUCAAGGUGAAAUUAAUAUCAAUCAAGAAGAUUUAUCUACUUUCCUAAAAGUGGCACAAACAUUACAGAUAAGAGGACUCACAACAGAUACAAGUAGCACAAAUUCAUUUCCUAGUUGCGAUAGUCAAUUAGAUAUUGAUUCUAAUAUUCAAAAUAUUGCUCAAUCAAAUUUAAGUACAAUAAAUAAAACUUCCAAAGAUAUAGAAAUGAUGGAUAGAAGAAAGAGAUCACGUGAUAUAACAAAAAAGAGUUACAAGAGAAAGAAACAGGAUACAUCAGUAAUAUCAGAAAACACUCAUGAUGUAUCUAAUGAAAACCAGGAUAAUGAUAAUCAGGAAAUCCUGUUUUUAACAAGUAAUACAAAUAAUGAGACAAAUGAAAUUGCAGAUGAAGAAGAGAAUAUUAAUAUUCCUACUGCAAAAAUUAAUGAUAGUGAUAGAAGCGAAGAUAAUACUUUACCACAUUUUUCCUUAAAUACUGAAAGUUCAAGAGAAAAUUCAACUCAGCAAGAUAUUGAACCAGUGAUUUACAGGCUUUCUGCACGUGGUCGGCCACAAUUAGUCCAUGAGGGAUAUGUUUAUAAUUUGACUUCUCGCUCUGAGGGUUUGAAUAGAUCUCACUAUAGAUGUGCUGAACAACAUCGCGGUUGUAAAGGUAAAUGUGCGGUUAUCGCUGAAAGAUUUAUGCCUACAGGUGUGCAUGAUCAUAAUCAUCCACCUGGGUAUCAAUCAGAACAUGAUUACAGAAAAAAGAAAGGUUUAGAUUUAGAUGCCGCUUAAAUCAUAAAUCAUUAAUUUUAAACUUAUAAGCAGCAUUUUAUCAUGUUACUUACUAUUUUAUUGUUGAAAUUUUAAUAAGAAUGAAAAGUACUUUCCAAAUUCAUAAAAAACAUACAGUAUUUUUAAAGUAGGAAAUAUUCAUUUGUUGUGCAAUUUACAAUGAAAAAGUUCAUUGCAAUUCAUUGCAAAAUUUAAUACAUUGCAAUAUUGCAAGAAUUAUACAACUAUACAUAAUAAUAUAUAUUAUAUAUAACAAUAAGCCAGUGUGGUGUAUGAACCAUUGUAUUUCAAUUAACUGUGAUGCACUUUUUUGAGAUAUAUAGAAGAAUACAAUUUAAAAAGAAUGACGAGUACAUUCCAUUUAGUAUUACAUUUAAUUCGCAUUAAAGCCAAAUAAAAGUAUUUAAUUUAUGUUAUUUGUUUACAUGUAGAAUACUGUUUUUCAUGUAAUAAAUGUAAUUUGUUUGAUACAUGCACAGAUGUAAAUACGUAUGUAUGUACAUAUGUACAUAUAAAAUGAAUAUUUUACUUACUUAUAUGUAAAUUAUAUAAUAAUAAUUUUCAUAUGUUAUUAAAGAGAAUUUAGUAGUAUGUAUUAAUCUAAAUUAGAGAAAUUGAAUAGAUAAAGUCUAACAAUAUAGAAAACACUAAAAAUUAUAAAAAGUUUAUUUUUAUAUUACACUUUGUAAAAUUCUUUUGUUAAACACUAAAGUUGCCAAAAUUAAUGUGAUAGUGCUCAUAAAUAUUCAAUUUCUAAGAAAUUUACUUAUAAUUUAUGUAGAAAUUUAUAGAUCUAUAAAAAACAUGAAAACGAUCUUUUCAUAGAAAAUAUAGGAAUCAAUGCAGGCUGAAAAAGAAUUCAAAUAAUAGGCAGUUUUGUUUUAUAAUCUUGCUCAAUUUUAUCCUGCACCCAUAAAAUCUUUAAAUAUUUAUUCAAAAUGCAUGUUUAUUUCUCAUGAAAAUAUUAAUGCCGCCUAGCCAUCUUUUUUUCCAACUUCCGUUGUUUUUUCUCACUAAUCUCAGGUUGCUCUGGAGCAGAAGCAAAAAACCAUGGAGCUAAUAUUUGCUUCCAUAGCAUCCAACCUCCUCUCAAUGGUACCUGUUAUGAUAAUACAAUAUAGGUUUCAUAAUCUAUUUAAAUAUUUUAUGUAAGUUUUAACUUAAAGAUUGAGAGGAGUGUAAGAAAUAAAAAGUUAUUUCAAAGCAUUUUAUAAUUUAUGACAAGUUAAUAUACUAUUUUAUAUUUAUAUCAUUUUAUAUUUAUAUUUUAUUAAGUAUACUUACAAGGAACCAUAACAACCAAAAAUAAUUUGAUAUAAGAGAAAGUACUUGUACUCCUGAAGUUAAUAUAAUUAAAUCUUUUACAUGUCUGAAAUAACACGAAAAUAUCAUUAUAUUUAUCAAAACUGUUACAAUCUAAUAAAAUGUUAUAUUAUUUAAAGAAGUUAUUAGA